GGAGUUUAGUUAUUGAGUUGAUUUUCACAAAAGAUUUCACUUGAUUUGUUGCAGUCCUUUGAAGUAGCUGCUGGAGAACAGUACAAGAUUUGCCAGAAAAAUGGAUGAAGACUAUUAUUUAGAUUAUAAUUCCUCAUAUGAAUACCCUCAUGAAACCAACGUCUGUGAAAUGGGUGACUAUUUCACAUUUAACAUCUAUCUCACUGCUGUCCUCUACAUUCUGGUAUUUUUCCUCAGUCUGCUAGGAAACACUUUGGUGUUAUGGAUCCUAUUGAAAUAUGAAAACCUUACAUCUUUAACAAACAUCUUCAUCAUGAAUCUCUGUAUCUCUGAUUUAGUCUUCUCCUGCAUGCUGCCUUUUUGGGUAGUGGACCAGUCCUUUGGAUGGAUUUUUGGUGAGUUCCUUUGCAAAGCAUCAAAUGCUAUUUUCUCCAUUGGCUACUACAGCGGUGUUUUCUUUUUGACUCUCAUGACUAUCCUGAGGUACUUGUUUGUAGUGAACCCCCUUUCAACUCUGAGAUCCCAGACGCAGUGCUGUGGUGUUCUGGUGUCCUUGGCUGUGUGGACUCUUAGCAUCUUAAUUGUGGUUCCUGAGGUGAUUCACACCACAGUGCAAGAAGACUUGGAAGACCACAGGUUCUGUGAUUAUGCCGAUGGGAAUUGGAAAAAAGUGGACAUUUACGUGAGAAAUGUACUCUUCCUGUUUUCCUUUGGAGUCAUCAUAUUCUGUUACUUCAAGAUACUCAAAAUCCUGCUUAGAGCAAGAUCUCGCAGAAAGCACAGAACUGUGAGACUCAUCCUCAUUAUUGUGGUGGCUUUUUUCCUGUGCUGGGCACCCUACAACAUCCUCAGCUUCCUGACUACUUUUCCACCGCCUACCUGUCAGUAUGUGAAAGACUCCAACCUUGCCUUUCACAUCAGCCGUAAAAUUGCUUUCUCCCACUGCUGCCUCAACCCUGUGCUCUAUGUACUUGUUGGAGUCAAAUUCAAGAGGCAUUUGGCACAGUUAUGCAGUCUGUGUUUACACUGCAGCAAUGGUCAACCUUCCAGCCCCAGCACCGGCAAAUUCCAGCCUGAAGGGACAUCCCUCUACUGAAGCAAGACCUAACUAUUAGAGAUUAAUCAUGAAUGAACUUUCAGAUUUUGUAUGCUAUGGAUAGCCUCUAAUUCUUAGAGGCAAUUCCCUGAGAAAGACACACAAAUUUACUCUUUGCAUGAUGUGUAUGGAAGAUAACAAAAUGUAUUUGCAGUGGGAUGAAGAGAUGAGAAUGCCAUGAAAUUACUUUACUGGCCUGAAAGUCUUAAGUUCACAAUUUUUUGAACAGUGAGAUGGAUUUUCUCUCACUUGUACUCUCUUUUGAAAAUAAAAAAAAAAAUGCUUUUUCCUUUGGGCAUUAAAACAUAGGUUUUAACAUAAAAGUUGUUGCAUAUCUCUUUCUUACCUGACUUAAAAUACUUGGAUUGUAUAUAGCAAUAGACACACAUGUAUUUUUGUAAAUUUUAAUGCCUUUCAAUGUUUAUCAGUGUUUAUCAGUUUACUCAUUGGUCUUUUUUUGUGGGGAGUGAUAUAUGUGGAUUAACUGUUCUGACAAUAGCUGCAAGACCUUACAGUUUAUGAAGUUCUCAGGGCAAAUGUUAUUUUAUAUUUUGAUAGACAAAUAUAUAUAAAACUAGCUUUGUGUAAAAGUAGUCUUUUUGGUCUGAAAUGGAAACUUUAGGAGAGCUCUAGAAGGAACACAGCUGCUAAACAGACACUUCACUAGGAUAUUAGUUUUCCUUCUGUUACUGC